UGCUGCUGCUGGACCUGCAACAGGUUGGGCCAUCGCUAGUCUGGCAGAUCCUUAUUGCCCUAUCCCUAACGAUACCAAACAUAGCAGACUAUUGUUAGGUGCUUGUGCGUGUGCCAUCCUUGUGCCGCCACCAUCGUUUGGAGUCCAGUCCUGCGAGCUGCGACCGUUCUAAGAUUCUUCGCUGAACAGCUACGUCUCUUGGCCAUGUCCAUCCACCUGCGCUCGCGUACCAGAGCUCGCCUUUCCUCUCCAUCAGUAGCCUACAUAAGCGUGUCCUAGUAUCAGUGCUCAAUCAGAUAGCCCCGUCAAUUUCUUCGUCUUCUCAUCAUCUCAUACGUUUGUCUCCAUGGCGGCGGCCAACCCACCCUCGGCGACAAACCCGCUCUUCACCGUCACCUUCGACGUGCAGGGCAGCGACAACUACGGUGACUUCAUCGCCGGCAUCCGUCGCAGGGUGGCCAACCCGAGGCACUUCUCCCACAACCGCCCCGUGCUGCCGCCGGUGGAGCCCCCGCCACGGCGCUGGUUCCACAUCGUGCUCAGGACCCAGAUCGCCACGCUCACGCUGACCACUCGCGCCGACAACCUCUACCUGGAGGGCUUCCGGAGCAGCGACGGCACGUGGUGGGAGCUCACCCGGGGCCUCAUCCCGGGCGCCACCUACGUGGGCUUCGGCGGCUCCUACGGCGACCUGCUCGGCAACACGUUCCGCCUCGCCGGCGGCGCGCUCGAGCGGCUCGGCCCGCAGCAGCAGGCGGACGCCGCCAAGGCGCUCGCCGCGCGCGCCAGCCUCGGCCUCGCCGGCGUCGAGCUCGGCCCGCAGCAGAUGGCGGACGCCGCCAACGCUCUCGCCGCGCGCGCCAGGGGCGACCUCGCCUCCGGCAAAGAGCAGCAGCGGGCGAGCGAGGCGCUGGUCGUGAUCCUGCUGAUGGUGCACGAGGCCACGCGGUUCGCCACCGUGUCGGCGUUCGUGGCCGCGCUGAUGCACCCCAGGGCGGCGAUGAAGAGGGGCACCAUCACCGCGCAGAUGGAGAAGCAGGUGAACGGGUGGGAGGACCUGUCCAAAUCGCUGCUCAUGGCGGACGCCGUGCGGCCGCCGGGCCCGUUCAAGCCGUUCCCGGACAUGGGCGUGAGUACGGUGGAGGAGGCCGCCGCGACGAUCGCGAUAUUGCUGUUCGUUGAGUUGCCGGGCGGGAUGACGGCGGCCAAGGCGCUGCAGCUGUUCCAUGGAAACUAAGCUCCGCGUGCGCCAGCCAGUAUGUUGCUGCUUGAGGCAGAGCAUGAACGACUUGUUGCUGUAAAACUACGAAUAAGAGCGGUGCCGUAUCUCAAAUCUGAAUCACCUAAAAAUAAUGAGAUUGAUACCUAAUCAAUGCAUGUAAUUUGUGACUGAUAUUUAUUCAAAGUGUUUCUUCUACCUCCA